AUGCAGCGAAUAUUGCAGGGAUCCAUGAAACAAGCGCACGCCCGUUCUUACGCCACUCAGUUGUUAUUCACGCCGGCGUUGAAACUGGCGGUUGGCAAAACUUUUCACCCAGGGCGACGUCAAACCCUCUUUUCCACAUCGACAGCACCACGUCGUGCAGCAAAGCCAUACAAGUCAGACGACGCCUUGGUCGAGACAGACGAGUUGCUAAGUGAAAACAACCCUUGGUCGCCGACAUUUGAAGACGACCCCAUCUGGAUCCAGGAACGCGACAAGAUCCGCAAAACCAAACUUGCCGACAAGUACCGAUUAUCCUACAGGCCCCUCUACGAGGCGCCAGCGUCGAAAUACGUCUCGUUGCUCAAACGUCUAACCUUGUCAUUUGGCGUCGUGGGUGCCUACGGAGCCAAGCUCAUAUACCAAUCGGCGCAAUUCGACGAUUCCCUCGCAUACACCUUACUCGCGGGAGUAAUCAUCCCGAUUGUCGUGGUCCAGUGGAAGACGAGAGACUACGUAACGAGGAUAUUCAGAGUCUACGACAAGACCAAGCUGCAAAGCUUGCCGAACUUGGUGGCGGAAGAACAAUUGAUUGCCGAAAAGUUGAAUUUCACCGGGGGCAGAACCUAUAAUGAGCUAAUCCAGAUUCUGGACAGUAGCAAGGAGUUGGUCCUCUCUCCUAAACAGCGCUGGUUUAUGCCUUACGCGACGUGGGAAGAAAAAGGCGCGAAAAAAACUGGUGGUGGUGGUGGCAAGAGGGAGUUUUACGUGAUGGAUAAUAUUGGCGGUACCAAGAUGGAUCGUAUCUGGGGCAUUGUGGAGAAGAAUAGUGGUGUUAACAAUGGCCGAACGUUUCCCGAAUAA